CAGAAGGAAAAAAAGGUUUCUUCGCUCUCCAAGUUUCAUCCUUUUUUUUUAAUUUCAUUUGAUCCCAAAAAGAAAGCUUUGAUCUAAUUUUGAGGGGAAAAGGUUUGAGUUUUGUGUUGAGGAAAAAAAGGGCUUGUCAUGGAUCAUGAAGCUGAUGCUCAUAGAACUGAUUUGAUGACCAUCACUCGCCAUGUCUUGAAUGAGCAAACCAAGCACCCUGAAUCUCGUGGCGAUUUAACCAUCUUUCUCAAUCACAUUGUUCUUGGCUGCAAAUUCGUCUGCUCUUCUGUUAGCAAGGCGGGUCUUGCAAAACUAUUAGGACUUUCAGGAGAGACCAAUGUUCAGGUAUGCCUUCAUCGUUAAUGGCUUUAAUUUUCC